AUGGGGUGCACCACCUCGGUGGAGGCGCGGCGCGACAUGCGCUGGGUGGAGGCGGCGGUCGGCCCGCGCGCGAGGCGGAGCUUCUCGCUGUCGUCCGCCGACCGGCAGCGGCUGCGGGCCAAGGCCGCAUCCGUGCUGCGCAGCCUCGGCCCCGUCCCGGGCCGGCGAUCCGGCGCGUCGUCGAGCAAGUACGCGACCCUGUCGGUCGAGGAGAUCAUGGUGAAGUUCGAGAACGACCGCGCCUUGCGGGAGGUGCUCGCCCGUCUCAAGGAGACGGCGGCGGCGGCGGCGAAGCGGAAUGCCGCCGUCGGGCCUAGGACGAGCACGCCGACGCUGACGCCGCCCAACGAGCCGGAGGUGAUCAACGCGUGGGAGCUCAUGGCCGGGCUCGAGGACGAAGGGCCCACGCCGCGGGCAACGCAUCAUGAGCCCCCGCCGACGACACCGCCGUGGAUGCUGGCCGACCAGGACGUGCCCGUCGCCUUCGAGUUUGACCCGGAGAUACUGUCCAGCUUCCGGGAGGCCCUCGCGCAGGACACGUCGCCGUCACAGCAGCCGAGCACGGCCAGCUCGCCCACGGACAAGGAGGAAUCGGCGUCGCAGCAACAGGCGAAGGUCGCCGACGACGCGAGUGCAUGCACGCCGGUCUCGCCGCCCACCAGGGACACCGCGAGCUCACCCGCGGACAAGGAGAAGGAGGAACCUGGGUCGCAGAAGGAUAAGGACGGCGCCGACGCAAGCGCAUGCACGCCGGUCUCGGCGCCCACCAGGGGCAUGCCGGAGCUCGCCGGCAUCGUGCGCGCCCGCAUCAACGCGUUCCAAGAAAAGAUCAUAGAGCGGAGGACGAGCAACGGCGCCCGCGACGCCAAGGUGUUGGGGCCGCCGGGCGGCAGGCGGAGGGCGGUGGUGUACUUCACCAGCCUCCGCGGCGUGCGCAAGACGUUCGUGGACGGCUGCGCCGUGCGCAACAUCCUGCGCAGCUACGGCGUGCGCGUGGACGAGCGCGACGUGUCCAUGCACGCCGCCUUCAAGUCCGAGCUCGCGCAGCUCCUCACCGGCCCCAGCGCCGCCGCCACGCUCCCUCGCGUGUUCGUCCACGGGCGGUACCUGGGCGGCGCCAAGGACGUGCAAGCCCUGCACGAGGCCGGCGAGCUCGCCCGCACGCUGGAGGGGUGCGACGCCGCGCCGGUGCGCAAGCUCGGGUGCAUGGAGGCGUGCGCGGCGUGCGGCGACGUCCGGUUCGUGCCCUGCGAGACGUGCUACGGCAGCUGCAAGAUCUUCGUCCAUUACGAGGACGACGAAGACGACGGCGAGUUCCAGCGGUGCCCGGACUGCAACGAGAACGGCCUCAUCGGAUGCCCCGUCUGCUGCUGCUGA